AUGUCUAACAACACGACAGUUGAGCUGAACGUGACACAUAUCACGCCAGAGUUUGACUGGGAGCCGUAUUUCUACACGAGUUCCCCGUAUGGAGAACUCCAGCUCGUGUACCUGGGCGGCUCGCUGCUGCUGGCGGUUGUCGGGAACACCGCGGUGCUGCUGACCGUCCUUCUCACAGAGGACCUCCAGACGCCGGGAAACGUCCUGCUCUGUGCGCUGGCAGUCUCCGACAUCUUCCAGGCCGUCAGCAAGAUCUCAGUGGCCAUGUAUUUCCUGGUCAUACAAGAGUCGCUAUCUUGUGGUCCUUUUCAAGUUGCAGCCAGCUUCGCGUACCUUUUCUUCGUGAUGUUCUCCAUCUGUAUCAUCGCACCCAUCUCACUGGAUAGAUACUGGUACAUCAAUACCCCCCUGCGCUACCCGGACAUCAUGACCAUGCCCCGCACGGCACUACUGACAGGGGCUGCCGCACUCGCAGCCUUCAUCGCUGUCGUUCCGCCUCUGAUCGAGGGAGAGCGUGACAGCUUCUUUCCGACAUACUUCAUGUGCAGGUAUGGGCUAAUCUCUUAG